GCGGAAGGAGAGAAGCCCUGUGAAUGAUGUAUAUUUAACGAGAUUCUGUUUAUCUGAUGUGACGUGAUACCCGCUGUCUCUGCCCGCGCCAAAACCCCUGAACGUGAGGGAUCCAACAGACUUGAGCCAUCCAUCCAUACAGGUGUGCGACCAGUUGAACCCGCGCAGCAGCUGUGGAAGUAACUCUCCAACUCACAAAAUAGCUUCGCCAUGUGGCGGGUUCGAAAGGAUGACAUUGCUGUUUCGGUGCUUUAUUCUGCAUAAGCAUCAACUAUAGCAUCGCGAGCCACCGACGGCAUUGGAACAUGCGAGAGGAGCCCAGUGGCGCUGGAUAAUGAUGUCCCAUACGAGUCGCUUAUCCCAAACAACGACUUGUCCACGUGACAGACGUAUUAACCACUUUUGAAAGGUGAUGACGAAGACAGGAGCAUUCUAUGGGGGUCAUUGAAGGUCAAAUUGACAACUUCGGUCUUAUUCAUUUCUGGAUAUUAAUAUAAUGGGAUGAAUACAAGCCAUGAGUUGAUCACUUUGCUUGCUGGCUUCUCCAAAGAAUGUCGCUUACAGCAAAUCGUCAUCAUGUUGUGGUUUAAUUGAACUCUAUUCUUUGGAUCUGUUUUUAACCUUAUCAUACAGCUAUGUAUAACCGAAAUGCGCAUAUCACAUGUAAUAUUAAUGAUAGCUCCAUUGGAACAGGAAAACAUGGGAUGAUUACGCACAUUACUUUGUGCAGCGGCAUUUGUCUUGUAACCAUGCCAUGAAGAAGCAGCGAAAAAGCAUGUUAAGGCUCACGUGGAUGCCAUGGCUUAUUCCUUACUCCAAAUCAAUUUGCGUCAAAAGAGUUUCAUCAAUGGCUCACUCAACAAUACCUUCUACCCUGCAUUCAUCUCAUUUCUAGCCAUUCUGUUAUUUUUCUCCCGUACCGUUCCGGGAAUAACCGCCCCAUUUCGCUGUCCUGACGGAUGUGACUGUGAUCACAUAAACGACAAAGUAGAUUGCACCGGAAGGGGAAUUGCUUAUUUAAAUCAAAAUCUAUCCGUUUCUACUCGUGUGCUGUUGUGUGGCGACAAUGCGUUUAAAGCGAUAUCAAAAGAAAAUAUAAAUCUCACCCACUUGCGGAAACUUCGAAAACUAUCUUUCGCAAAUAAUGAGAUAACUAUUGUGCGGACUGGAGCUUUUCGAGGUUUGGAGAAGAUAUCAUUCAUUGACCUCAGCAGAAACAACCUACGAAGUAUUCCUAGUGAUAUAAGACUUUUAAGAUCACUGAAUACCCUUAAACUAAAUGAGAAUGCUAUACAAAGGAUUUACCGAGAUGAAUUUCAUCCUGAAUCUAAACUGGAAACUCUCUCCAUGGCACACAACAAUCUAGACAUCCUUGAGUCUGAUACCUUUAUGAAUCUUCAAUCUUUACUCUACAUAAACCUACAAAACAACUCGAUAAGCAAUGUCAGUAGCAGGGUGUUCACUGUUAAUGAGUUUCUUAUAGAGAUGGACCUGUCUUGGAAUCAAGUGGGUUUCUAUGAUCCUGAACUGCACGUCAGUGAUUGGUUUCAGCUACCCGCACUGAACUUGAACAGAUUAAGCAUCAGUCACAACAUGAUACAGGGGUUCAAUAAGGGUGCCUUUGAUUUGCUUACCGAGUUGAAGAAGCUCGAGAUCCAAUUCAACGAGAUCUCGCAACUAAAUCACGAUGUCUUUCAAAACCUACAUUCUCUCGAGAUCUUACUCUCUAGUGACAAUCAAAUUAGCAGUCUACCAGUGCAGCUCUUAAAGGGAUCACCUGAUGUACACACCGUAGACUUUAGCAACAACCCUAUAUCCAACGUCCCAGCAGGAAUAUUCUCGACAAACGAAGCUCUGGAGACCAUCAACUUUUCAGGUAAUGAACUUAGUGAUAUUGAUUGGGUUGUGCAUACUUCCAGUAGUUUACGCGAGUUGUACCUUUCCGACAAUUCAAUCAGCUCACUUCCAGACAUAACAUUCAAAUUUUGUGUUAAUAUGGAGAUCCUUGAAAUGCAAAACAACGCUCUGACAGAGUUUCCUAAGUUAAUGAAUAUGACGAAUCUAGAAACCCUAGAUUUGACCAACAACCAGAUAUCAGCCAUACCAAAAGACACGCGUUUUGUGCAAUAUCAACAUCUGACUUUUAUUUCGCUUGCAUGGAAUCGACUAGUAACGUUGGAAGAAGAUGUCUUUAAUUCCCUACCGCCUGUGGAGACUUUCGAUGUUGCUGAAAACCCCUUUAAAUGUGAUUGCCAUUUGCUUUGGAUGGAUGAUAUAUACGCUGCAUUAUGGAAUGGAGAAGAGGUCCCUCCAAACCUGGAAACCUGGCUUCCGACCACGUUUGAAAGCAUGGUUUGCGAUCAACCUAAAGGUUUCCGAGGCAAGUCAGUUGCCAUGUUGGCGGAAAACAGGAACAACUUCAUGUGCUCUUCGUUUGCCAGCCGUCGAGGAGUGAUCGGCCUGAUCCUCGGGUGGCUGAUUCUCCUAUUAACUAUUGUUGGUGUGUACUGGAGAUGGAAAAUUAAGAAAGCAAGGAGACAUAUGCGAGCGUGGAAGACGAAACGGAGGAAGAAAUUAUUCAAAGACAGACUGAAAAAGAGGGUCCAAUCGGAUGGGGGUCGUGUGGACAGCAAUAGAUCAAAUGGUAGAGUCAAGAUGUAUUCUCCUAGUCAGCACGAAUACAUUAGUCAAUUUGAUCGCGACUCGUAUCAUUCUGUGGCAAAUCCUGGGGAAAAGACUUUCAGUCCAGCAUGUGUUUGUUUGUUACAACACGAUGACUCCAUGCAGAGCUGUGAUCUCCUAUCCGAGACCACGGUUUGACAUUGUUCUCGGGAAAAAAAUGAAGCCGAAAGCGGAAGUGACAAAAUAUAUUUUGAUGAAAUUCAAGUGCAAUUAUAUAAAUCAGUAUAUCAUUGUGAAAACAUUAUGCACAUUUUAUACAGCUUACAUUUACAGGGUUUCGUUGUAUGUUACUUGUUCCUUAUAUUAACAACAGUAAGGUAUCUUUGAAUUUAUACAAAGUGAUGUGUAUAAAAAAUUGCCGUUUCACCAUAUUCUCUAUAUAAAAAAUAUUUCCCUUUUUUACAGACACAAUAAUUUGUCAGUGAAACAUGUUUUUAUGGUACUAAGUUUGAUAGGAAUGUUCAAAUUCACAUUAACUUUAUAAGUCAAUCUUGCAUGGUGAACAUACAUAGCGGGAGACAUGGCCCUUUUCAAAAGGCACAGGAGUCAACAUGGCCAUUUAUAAUGCUAAAUUAGCAGUAAAUUAUUGUAGCAUUUUAGCAUUUAUUGUGAAAUGUGCGAAUGCAACCAUGACAAGUUUUGACCUCAUAUUUUGUACGACACGUGAAGACACAUUUUGCUUUGAAAAUUUUAAAUUUCAUUAAAAAAUGAAUUUAUUUCAUGGCAAGUUUUGAUCGGAGCUCACCAGACCACAAAUAUGUGAAAAGUAUCAGGAGACGAAUACAGAAAAUAAACAUUAUAUAAUUAACAUUAACAGUGCUUAUUCAUUUACCAGAGUCGGAAUCCAAAUGUAUACGAAUCUCCCGGUAACCUAGUGGCUUUUGAAAAGUCGGUGGCACUUUUACCUUUGAUACUGUGCUCAUCAUGCAUUCUGAAAGUUAAUUUGGUUUAACAUAUAUUUCUAUCAUGUUUUCAUUGGGAUUUCUUUUUAUUUUACAUUUGUCAUUUUUAAAUGUAAUUGUCAGGCCCCUUUUGCAUCGUAAACUGUCUUUAAAUUCUAUUUUUUUGUUCUCUGAAAUGAAUUGAAAGCUAUGUCAUGUAAAUCAUAGUAGAACCUUCGAUUUUAAAGAUGUGCCUCUUCAGACUCUUUGUGAAGAAAAAUCUUAAAUAAUAGAGUUUAAUUCUAUUCUUUACCUACUAAAAAGCUAAUUUAUUGAAUAAAUAUUAUGUUUUUAUGAUCAAAGCGUUCUGUUUUUUAAUCGGUUUUUACCCCUACUCUACGGUGAUUUCAUUUGUUUAACUUCAAAGAUUUUCUCAAGUUUUGGUAAGUUCCUUCGAAAGUGUUGCUCACUAUUCCAGGUUAUUACUACAAAAAUAUGAAAAUUUGUUUUAUAAAGGAUCUCAUCCGCGAUUUACUCUAAUCAAUAAAGCUAAACCAACUCUUCAAAGGUUGUGAUGAUAAUAAAACACGAAUGAAAUUAAUUUUCUUUUUCUUUAUCAUGCUACGAAAUUAGCACGUUUAUUUUGAUGUACAGAAAUAAAAUGAUAUUGAAAGUUCACUGCAUGGCAUCUAGAAGCUAUACCCAAACGGUAAUGUCGCAGACACACUAAAACCGACUCCACUGUGAUGCUAUGUAAAGAGAAAUACAGUCAUGUAUCUAUCAUUAAUUAUAUGCUGUGU